AUGAAGUUCAGCAGCAUUCUGUCCGUCGGCCUGUUGGUCAUGUCGCCCCUGGCUGCGGCCUGGAGCAAGGAAGAUCGCGAGAUUUUCCGCAUUCGCGACGAGAUCAGGGCCCACGAGUCAAACCCUGACUUGACCUUCUACGAUCUUUUGGGUGUGAAGAACAGCGCCACCAUUGACGAGAUCACCAAGGCCUACCGCAAGAUCUCUCGCACCCUCCACCCUGACAAGGUCCGCCAGCAGCUCAUCGCCGAGCGCACCAAGGCCAAGAAGAAGGCCAAGAAGGAGCCCGGCGUCACCGUGCAGAAGCCCCCUACUCAGAAGGAGAUCAAGGUUGCCGUCAAGAUCGCCUCGGAGCGUCAGGCUCGUCUGGGUCUCGUGCGCAACAUCCUCAGCGGCCCUGAUCGCGACCGUUACGACCACUUCUUGAAGAAUGGGUUCCCGGCUUGGAAGGGCACCAAUUACUAUUACAAUCGGUACCGUCCCGGCCUGGGCACCGUGCUCUUCGGCGUCUUCCUCGUGGGUGCUGGUGCUUUCCACUACAUUGCUCUGUACAUGUCUUGGAAGCGCCAGAAGGACUUUGUCGAGCGCUACAUCAAGUUCGCACGCAAUGCCGCGUGGGGUGACAACCUCAAUAUCCCCGGCAUCGAUGCGGCCCCGGCGCCUGCCCCCGCCCCGCCGGCCGACGACGAGGAGGGUCCCCAGCAGCCCAUGAACCGCAAGCAGCGCCGUAUGCAGGAGCAGGCCGCCCGCAGAGAGGCCGCCAAGGAGCGCGGAGGCCGAUCCCGUAAGAUUGCCAGCGCCGGCAGCGGCACCGCCACCCCUCGCGAGACUCCCGUUGCCCAGACUGGCCCUACCGGCUCGAAGAAGCGCGUUGUCGCUGAGAAUGGCAAGAUCCUCGUGGUCGAUUCCGUCGGCGACGUCUACCUUGAGGAGCAGGAUGAAGAGGGCAACACCGAGCAGUACCUCCUUGAUCCCAAUGAGCUACCUCAACCUACCAUCCACGAUACCGCGCUCGUCCGCCUUCCCAUCUGGGCCUACAACCGCACUGUCGGCCGCGUUCUCGGCCAGAACAACGUUGAUCUGGAGAUCGAUACUGAGGACUUGGACUCUGAUGAUGGCGAAAUCCAACAUACUCCCAGCUCCGACUCCGCCGCCGACGACUUCGAGCUCCUCGAAAAAUCAACCGAUUCCCUGGGCAAGGCCAAGGUUACUGGUGCGCACACUGGCGGCAGGUCCAACAAGCGCAAGAACAAGAAGCGUUGA